AUGAUUGAUGGACUUAAACCGGUACAAAGAAGGAUUUUGUGGACUAUUUAUAGCUCUCCGAUUAGAGAACAUUUCACUAAAACAGUGAAAGUUGCCGGCAUGGUCAUGGCCUACCAUCCACAUGGUAAUGCCUCUAUUGAGGAUGCCAUUAGCCAAAUGGUUCAAGACUUUCCCUUUACCAACAAUUAUCCCUUGAUCAGUGGAUCUGGCACUUUCGGAGACAUUCUUGACGCCAAAGCCAUUGCCUCCCCCCGCUACACUGAAGUAAAAAUUUCUGCCUUUGCCAAAGACAUCGGCUUGUUUGAAUCCACUCCCGACAUCGACUAUGAAAGUAAUUAUGAUGAAACUUCAAAAGAACCAAUUUACUUUGUGCCUAAAAUUCCUCUCAUCCUACUAAAUUCGGUUCGAGGCAUUGCAACUGGAUUUCGAUCCAAUAUCAUGUCCCAUAAAUUAUCUGAUGUCGUUGAUGCCAUGACUCAAGCCUUGAAAAAAAAAUCUAUUCCACCCAUAUCCCCUUGGUAUAAAGGAUUUAAGGGUUAUCAAAACUAUCAAAAGAAUGAAGAAGGACAAUUUUUUUUAAACACAGGAUUUGGCUUUAGCCAAGAAAAUCAUCAGUGGUUUUUAACGGAUGCACCUCAAGGAUGGAAUCGAGAGAAAACCAUCACCUAUUUAGACGAACUUAUGAAAGAAAAAGAAGAAAUUCGUAACUACCUUGAUCUCUCUAAAGAUCGUUUUAAGAUUCAACUGAUUUUUAAACGUGGUGAGAAAAUAACCCAACCAAAACUUCAACAAUUAUUCAAUAAAGUGAAUAAAGAAAUGGUGGAGCAGAACGUUAUCAAUUCCCAAGGGAAACUUAAAAAAAUGUCCACUGAGGAAGUCAUUAAAGAAUUUUGCAACAUCCGUAAAAUCCACCUUAUCAAACGGUUUCAAAGAUUAGCUGGUGUUGAAAAAGAGAAAAUUGAUAAACUAAAUGAAUUGAUCCGUUUCAUCAAAGAAAAGUGGAAUCAAAAAGUUGUUUCAAUCAAGAGUAAAAAAAUGCUCGAAGAAAACCUCAAAGAACAUCAAUUUAGGCACUAUGAAUGGCUGUCUGAAAUUCCUAUCUAUCGCCUCACCGCUGAAGAAGUGAAUAAAUGCCUAAAGGGAAUUGAUGAAGCAAAGAAAAAACUUAAAGAAUUCACCAUGCUUUGUGAAAAGGAUAGAAAGCUCGUCGAAUUUAUCAUAGAGGAAAUUCAAAUGUUAAAAAAGUGGGAUCAUGAGUAA